AUGCAUGCAUGGACAGUACCGCUGUACAACCCUAACCAACAUUUUGGGCGUAAAAAAGAACGGUCGGAAGAGCCGACCAUUACGGCACAUCAACUUUGCUGCGACAACGCCGCCGACGCCGCCGCCGCGCUCUUAUUUUGGCGUAUGGCUCAUGCGGCUAGGCUGAAGACGGAGGAGCAUUUACAAACAACCAACCUCUACCUUGCUGGCUCGGGGCUGAUGCAAGGCGUUUUCCUCUUGACCCAAGGAUCGACGGCGCAUCUUUGUUGCGAUCAGAGUGCCGACCAAAGUAGCAUCAAAUUGCUCCUGCGCUUGUGGGAGUCAAUCGGGGGACCAGCAGGAUGGCACCAAAACCUUGUUUAUCAGCACCUCGUCAAUCGCCCAGCCAACGGCGACCAUGAAAGCUCGAUUGGCCGGUCAAGUCACCAGCUGUUGCUCAUCGCUUCAGACCAGACGGCUUCUGACCGCGAGCCAGACCUCCAGCGUCGAAUGGCGUUCAUAACGUGCAGCCUCUCCAAGAAAAUCGGAAGGCGAUGUUUGAAUUGA